ACUAUUGAGGUUUAUCUGGUUUCUAAAAAAUGGUUUCUGCAAGAGCUUCCAGUAACUCAGUAGCCCGAACAGAACAAGUAGCUCAACAUCAGGGCCCCAAAGGCAUGUUAUUUCCUUCCACAGGAAAGGGAAAGGCGUUCCUGGUGUGAUAAGUUUUUACUUCACCAAAGACAGUGUCCUGCUGAAAAGUAUUGCUCCGCUUCACUUUGAUGUAAACAGACUUGAUUUUUGCUCCAAGAAAUAUUUUUUUCUUUCUUAAGUUCUGUUCCAGAUAGAAGAAAAGAAAAGCCCUUCAAAAUGUGCGACAGAAGGAAACUGCUUCUUGCUGCAAUUGUUUUCUACUAUGAAGUGACUGUGGGGAGCGCAAAACUGCUGGACAUGGCCCCAGAUUCUGUAGAUUACAUGUACGAUGGAUGCCAAAAAGAGGCCAUGGAGAAGUUAAUCCAUUCAGGCCUCUUAAAACAAGAGCUAAACGUCAAUGCAGGAUUCCAGAAAGCAUUGGAUGUAAAUGCUACUUGUUCUAAGCUGAUCCCUGGAGGGACCAAAGAACAUAAGGCUGCGCUGUUGGCAUACGCGGAUGGGGCUGAAGAUUUUACAGAGACCUUUGACAAUGCAGUCGAGACAAUGGGCGGAAAUAUAAGCACCUAUGAAAACCACUUCCAUUUCAAGUCGCUUCACUUCCUGCUCAUGGAUUCCAUGUUGCUGAUGAGUACAAAGAAGUGCAAGACUCUGCAUGUUCUCCAAGAAAAAGAAUACACAGCGCAAAAGGGCUCAACGAUGAGAUUUGGAAAGUUCAUCAAAGUUCAGACGAGCUACAGUGUGCUACAGAAAAUGGAAGAUUGGGACGGGCAUGUCAUCUUUAAUAUCACUUCUUGCUUCUUUGUUAACCUGGGAGACAACAUUUGCAGCACAGACGAGGCUAUGGCCCUCAUAUCUCCAGCUGAAGUGUUCACUGUGGAGGAAGUCAAUAAAAUAGCUGAUGAUGAGUCUGACUACACUGAGAUCGUUUUGAAACACUUGGAACUGGAAAGAUCGCACAACUGUUACAGUGUGUCAGGGUCCCCAGCUGAUGUCUCCACUCAGUGGUUUGUGUUGAUGCUUGUGGCUUUAGCUCCUUUUUCCUUCAACUAUUGAGAACAAAUGAAAAACAAUUAGCUGCGCAGAUUGCACUGAGAGUUACACAAAACGCUGUUUGUUCUUUUGUACAGUUGAACAAUAAACAUCUGUUUUGCUUCUACGCUGCCAAAUAAGGUGCAACAAAUCUUUGUAGCCCGCUGAAGAAAUACAGUCAUUACACUGUUUUUUUAAUGGCUUCAAACACAUUUGCUUUAUGCUUAUCAGCAGAUAUAUACUCUAAGCGGGUAUCAAUAUUUCUGAGAAAAAAUACUUUUUUAUAUUUUGAGGGAAACAAACAUGAUGGAAACUUGGUAUUUGUCUUUAAUACAUAAAUAAAUGAAUGUUUGUUUAUUUUCAUGAUAAGCAAAACAAUCAAAACCAUGAUGAAGAUUGAUAUUGAAUUCAGACACAACCCUUGUGUUCCACCAUUUUACAUUACAGCAUAUUGAUUGAUAAUAUUGUGGUGCACAAUUGUGGUAGCCACACUUAAAAAACGAAUAUUGUCGAGCGAAGAAUUGUUGUUGUAACUGUUUAAUCUGUAAAUAGCAAAUUUAUUUGACUUGUCUUUUCAAGUUCAGUAAAUUUAACAUAACAUGUUUACAGUUAAUCUAUAUCUUAAUACAACAAUUAAACAUACAUUUACCACAA